UUUCUUGUCUUAGUAAACCAACAUCAGCCCAUUGAAUCUAGUGAAAGAUAGUCAGAAAAGCUCUAGCCUGGAAGCCAUGAAAGAUGAGGUUAAGUUGCCCUUGUGGCUUCAAUUUCUGCUGCUUUUCUCCUUUCUAUUUCUUCUUAUAGAGAAGAUUCGAGCAAGGAAGCAUAGCAAGAAGGUUCUUUCAGGCCCUCCUAAGCUUCCAAUCAUAGGCAAUUUACACCAACUUGGUCCAUUGGCUCACCGCUCUCUGCAUCAACUAUCCAAAAAAUAUGGCCCUGUCAUGCUACUUCAGAUUGGCAGUGUGCCUACUCUGGUUGUCUCAUCCGCUGAUGCAGCAAGAAAAAUCUUGACAACCAAUGAUCUUGACUGUUGCAGCAGACCUCUGUUAGCUGGCGCAGGAAGACUUUCCUACAAUUAUCUUGAUGUAGCUUUCACUCCUUAUGGAAGCUAUUGGAGGGAGAUGAGAAAAAUAUGUAAUCAUGAGCUAUUUAGUGCCAAAAGGGUUCAAUCAUUUCAGUUCAUAAGAGAAGAAGAGAUUGGUCUGAUGAUUGAGUCAAUCUCUCAGUCGUCCUCUUCUGAAUCUCCUGUUAACCUUACUCAGAAGAUGAUGUCUCUCACUAUGGAUUUGAUUUGUAGGGUUGCUUUUGGUAAGAGCUCAAAAGACAGGGAAUUGGACCACAACAAAUUGCAUGAACUGAUUCAUGAAGCUUUGGGUAUAAUGGGAAGUUUCUUUGCAUCUGACUUCUUUCCUUAUGUGGGUUGGAUCAUAGACAGGAUCAGAGGUCUGCAUGGAAGAAUUGAAAGGGUUUUCCAGGAUUUGGAUCUUUUCUACCAAAUGUUAAUAGAUGACCAUCUACGCACUGGCAGGCAGAAACAAGAAGCUGAAGAUAUAAUUGAUGUUCUGCUGCAAAUAAAGAAAUAUCAGACUAACACUUCUCUUCAAAUCACCCAAGAUCAUAUUAAAGGCAUUCUUAUGAAUAUACUUUUUGCUGGCGUUGACACUACUUCGGCUUUGGUGGUGUGGGCUAUGGCAGAGCUUGUUAGAAACCCAAUAUUGAUGAAGAAAGCACAAGAUGAAAUCAGAAACUGCGUAGCAGAGAAAGGAAGAGUCUCUGAAUGUGACAUCCAUCAGUUUCAAUACCUCAAAAUGGUGAUUAAGGAAACCUUGAGACUGCAUCCUCCCGGGGCACUUUUACUUCCAAGAGAAUGCAUUUCCCAAUUCAACAUUAAUGGUUACAGCGUUUGCCCCAAAACUCACAUCCAAGUCAACAUAUGGGCAAUCGGAAGAGAUCCUGAGAGCUGGGAAAACCCCGACCAAUUUAACCCGGAAAGGUUUAUGGAUAGCCCUAUCGAUUUUAAGGGGCGGAAUUUCGAGCUUUUACCAUUUGGUGCCGGUCGAAGAAGCUGCCCUGGAAUGAAUAUGGGAAUUCUGAAUGUGGAGCUUGCACUUGCAAAUCUCUUGUAUCAUUUUGACUGGAAAUUGCCCAAUGCGCUCAAAGCAGAAGAUCUCAACAUGGAAGAGGCUGCUGGUCUAACAAAUUACAAGAAAGAAGCCUUAGUUCUUAUUCCUACCAAAUACCACUAGUAAUUAAGCCUUGGAGUUAGUUGGAGUGCAAUAAAUCAUCAAUUAUAUGUAUUUAAAUGUCUCAUAAUGCAUAUUCUGUUUCUGAAAAGAAUAAUUUUACCAAGUAAAAAGGAUCAUGGAUUGUCUUACAAUUAAUUUUAGAAUUAUCUAUUUUAUUUUGACU